GAGGAAUAGCUACAGCCUACAAGUCGGUGACUUGUAUUUCAAUGCAACGUUCACACUUUGUCACCAAAUAAUUUAAUACUAGUAUCAAUUUGCUUGCUAUAUUAGCUUUAGCACCAAAAUAAUACAAAGUACUUGCUAUAUAAACUGGAGCAUCCUAUUCGAUUUGUGGCUCCAGCAAUUCAUCCUAUCUAAAAUACUACCAACACUUUAUCUCUAUAAUCUACAAUGUCUCUUUCUUCCUUGAAGUUUUUGCUUCCUUUGCUUCUCCUCCUUGUAGUUCCAAGGAUUUCAGGAGAUGAAUCAAACGACGAUGUGGGACAACAAUAUUGCAUAGCAGAUGUGCAGACCCCAGAUGAUGAAUUGCAAGGAGCCAUAAAAUGGGCAUGUGAGCAACAAGGUGUAGACUGUAAUAUGAUCCAAGAAAAUCAACCUUGUUAUCAACCAAACACUGUGAAAGACCAUGCUGAUUUUGUGUUCAACAGUUACUACCAAAAGUUUAAGAAUCAAGGUGGUAAUUGCUAUUUCAAUGGUGCUGCCAUGAUCACUGAACUUGAUCCCAGUCAUGACAACUGCCACUUCGAAUAUCUUCCUUGAGAGUUUGAUAGUCGAAUCCACAAACAAUUCAUUUUUGUGUUUUUCUUUCCUCAUUAUAUGAUUUACUUCAAUAGUUCAAUAUAUCCAGCAUUCAUUUAUUUUA